UGAUUGAAGUUCCUCAUAGGCCCAACACAUCAAUUGUGUGUGAGAAAAUGCUCCAUCAUCCCUGCUGAGUGUCUGCACUGCAAACAUGCAACCCCCCUGUGAAGAUGAGGACACAGACUCGCUGCUCCAGGCACUACUUGAGGGACAGAACUAUGGAACUGCUGCAGCAGAUGGAACACAAUCUCCAUCAGUGUCUGUGUCAAAGAACAAUCCAGCAAAGAGGGAUUGCCUGGUAGUUGCCGUGCUGUGCUUUGGGAAUUUAAUAAAUUUCAUUGAUUGGUUCAUUGUGCCAGGGAUCCUGUUGGAUAUACAGAAAUACUUUGGGCUUAGCGAUGGGAAGACAGGUCUGCUGCAAACAGUCUUCACUUUGUGUUACAUGCUGGCUGCCCCCAUCUUUGGGUACCUUGGAGAUCGCUACAACAGGAAAAUCAUCCUUGGAGCUGGUAUUUUCUUCUGGUCUGGUGUGACCUUAGGGAGCUCAUUCAUCACUGAGUCGCAUUACAAGAUAUUUGUUCUUUCGCGAGGACUGGUUGGCAUUGGCUCUGCCAGUUACUCCACUAUAGCACCCACCAUCAUUGCAGACCUGUUUGAGGAAGGAAAAAGGACCACGGUGUUAUCUAUCUUCUACAUCUUCAUUCCAGUGGGAAGUGGUUGUGGUUAUAUGCUGGCAGCUGGCAUGGCAGAAAGCACAGGUGACUGGCACUGGGCAUUCAGGGUAACUCCUUGCAUGGGAGGACUGGCACUGCUUCUCCUGAUUUUACUGGUCCCUCACAGGAUCCAGAGAAAGGCAGCAGCACACAGAGCAAGGAGCAUCUCUGGCACGAUAUGCAGAGCAGAUGAGAAGCCAGAUGUACACAGAACUGCCAAGACCACUUGGUGUCAGGAUGUGGGAUCACUUGUCAAGAACUGUAGUUUUGUCUGUUCCUCGCUGGGUCUGACUGCCAUGGCCUUUGUCACUGGAGCCCUGGGAAUGUGGAUGCCACUGUUUCUGUACAGAGCUCAGGUUGUCCAGGGCAUUGUCCCACCAUGUCUCCAAGAAUCGUGCAGUUCAUCUAACAGCCUAAUAUUUGGAGGCAUCACCAUUGGGACAGGAAUUUUGGGUAUUAUUGCUGGGGCAGAAGCUGCAAGACGAUUAAGGAAGAGAAACAACAAAGCUGAUCCUCUGAUCUGUGCCACAAGCAUGUUCAUUUCUGCCCUGUGCCUCUACAUAGCUCUGAUGGUGGCCCAGACAAACAUCCUUUCCACUUUUAUUUUUAUUGCAUUUGGAGAACUGUUUUUGUCUGUAAAUUGGGCUGUUGUGACAGACAUACUGCUGUACGUGGUGACACCGAGGCGACAGUCCACAGCCAUCGCCCUGCAGAUUUUGGUGAGCCAUUUGCUGGGAGAUGCAGGCAGCCCAUACCUCAUCGGAGUUAUCUCCAACGCUAUCCAGGCCAGGAACAUCCCAUCGUUGCAGUGGAGUUUCCGGAGCAUGCAGUACAGCUUUGCCAUCUGUGCUUUUGUUGGGGUCUUUGGAGGAGGCUUUUUCCUCCUGACAUCUUUCUACGUCGAGGAAGAUCGGAAAGAAGCACAGAGGCUCUGAGGUACCAGCAAUGAACUGUCCCUCAAAUGAAGAUGGACUCUGGGGUGAGAUUUGCACAGAAGAAAAAGAAAGUCCUCCCUUUUUUCUUUCCGUUUUGCUUAAUGAGAUACAGCUGGGGAAAAGGCCAAAUCACAAUUCCUCCAUAUGGCAGAAAAUCCUGCAUACUGACUUUUUUGGAUGCUUUUGACUGCAAAUCUAAAAUUGCUCAUGCAUUGGCAUAUGGCAACUCUCCUCCCCCCGUCUGUAACCAGAGCCUUGUCCUCUGUGGGGCUGGGGAGCUCCAGAGGGUGCUUUACAGAGCUGUCACCAGCAUGAUGCUGACCUCAACACAGCAGGAGCUUUUGAGGCACAGCAUCUCCUGGAGAUUAGGGAGGCCUACGAGUUCUCAGCAGGAUGAGAUUUGCUUGUAGAAUUUAGAAAAUGUAGAUAGUAAAAAGAUUUUUUUAAGUUGUCUAAAGUGACCAAGAGAAGCAAAAACUAUCAAAGUAUGCCAGAUUCAAGACUGGAGGGUUGUGAUAAUUUUAUAUGUAACAUCUUGAUGGUAUGCCUCUUCCAUAUACUUGGAGGCUCUUCACUGUGUACUCAGGCCUUGAGUAAUUAUCUCCAGCAGUAGUACUGUAAAACCACUUAAAUAUAACUGUCCAUUUGAACUCUUAUCUCCAAAGUGAAGGGGAUUUGGGAUGUGGUGUCUGUUGUCACAAUAUCAUGCCAGGUACCAAACAGGACAUGACCAGUGUGGCCAAACUUGCAUUGUUUGUCCUGGCUUAGUUCCCAGUAGCACCUUAAAUCCAAAGCCUGAGGAAGAUAUUGCCACGUGCAUCAUAAAAUGUUGCAAAUCUUGCAUUAUUCUCCCAGUAAAUCAAAAGGAUCAUAAAGCACAAUAUUCCUAUAAUGACUAUGAAUGUCUAAUGCCACUGUAAAUAGCAUAAUUCAGCUACUGCAGGUGUUUGUUCUUCCCUCUGUCUACCUAAUAUUUAAAAAAUCUGUUCUGCCAUCUGACUUAAACUUAGGUUGUGAAAUGUGACCAUUGUGGGAAAUUAUAGAGAAACUUUGUGAUACUCAGUAAGAGCAUAGUAAUUGUCUUUAAAAUAAAAGUUUGUGUUCUGAAAGAUUGAGAAACUUUUUCUGGUUGUAAAAGUUAGCCAUGGCCAUUACACCACUGAAUUCUUGGAAACUCCUGUGGUGCCAGAGAGCUCAUAUCCAAGAAGAGAUUUUUUGAUAUGAAUGCAAAAGCUUGCAAAGGUCCUAAAUGCUUCAGCCAUGGCAGGAUUUCAGCAGCUCCAUGUGCUUCUCUACAGGUAUAUUCAGGAUUUGCCCUGCAAACAUUGAGCAAUUUAUCACCUUUGUUAUGUCAGCAUUAAACUCCUCUUUAAAAAAUCCAUCAGAAGCUGGAUUUAUUCAGUAGUGGAAUAAAAUGUGGA